AUGGACUCGUCAAGUUGGGCCGUCGCCGAUCAUUCGGUCCACCAGGCGCCCGAGGAUGAUUUCCAACAAUAUCUGGAUAUGAAUGGCAUGGGCAAUCUGGGCGAUGGCAUGAACUACAACUUCCAGGACUUUCAGGCCUCGGGCGGCCCUCAGUUGCUGCAAUCGCACCCCCGGGAGCAGCUUGACAUGCCCAUGAGCGGCACCGACGCACCAAUUCUCCUUGGGCCGGAGCAGCAACAGCCACAACAACCGCAACAACAACAACAGCAGCAGCAGCAACAACAGCAGCAGCAGCAACAGGUCAUCGAGUACCGGUAUCAAAGGUUAAAGGACCAGGCAGACUUACACAGCGUCGUGAGCACAAGUUCUCCCGUCGAUAUGGAAGUGGACCCGUCGUCCUCUGGGCCUACCAUAUCAAACACGACACCUGGUGAUCUAGCCAAGAAAAUGCGAAAAAAUGCGGCCAAGGCGAGGACCAAAGGCGGCAUCAAGCAGUCACCAAUCUCAAAACCUUUGCGCAGGAGGACUACAACCACUCCUAGCUUGAACGCUCAGGUGCUGAGUGAGCUUGCCGAAAGUGCUGAACGCAACCAAGAUCCCCAGUUACUGCCCACGCCCAUGAUGCAGACUUCUUCCUCUUCUACUACAGGGGUGACCGAUUCCGAGGACUCGGUCUCUCCCGAAGCGUUGAACGACACGACUCCGGUCGAUAUGCCCCCACCUCCGAUACCCAAAUCACGAUCUGCGAGGCCGUCCCCGUAUAUCGCGCCGCAGGCCAGUGCGGUUCCCAGUUCUCUACAGCCUCCACGGCCGGGCAUCGCGUCCCCUGCGACCCCCGCGUCGUUGAUGAAACUUAACUCACCGAGUAACGGCAGCGCGGGCGCGAGAGCCGAUAGCCAAGAGGCCAUCGAAACCGACCAGAUCGAAACCUUCGAGCUCCCGGAGUCGGCCAACUUUUUGAAUAGGACCACACCAUCAUCCAACAAUGCCCCGACGCCAACGCAGUCCUCCCAAGACAGGGGUUCCUCAAAAACACCUCAUUUGGCACCUAUUGCCUCGCCCUCUCUCGCAAAACCGUCUGGGACCUCAUCCGUGACGCAAAGCCCGCAGCUGCUCGCCGGGUCCGGAUUUAGCUCCAGAAAAACACCCCAGCUUCUCCCAAGGGGGAGCAAGAAGCGCGGGAGCGUCAGCUCGAUCCCAGUGUCACCCGCUCUUCGGCCCAAGAUCUCGCCCAGCAUCAAACCCCUGCUCCCGGGCGGCCCCGACGUGGAAGAGGCCGCCUCGCACCUCCUCGCCACCAAAUCAAACUACCAGCGCAUCCUCGAGGGCAACACCCUCCCCGGCGUCUCGUACCCGAGCGAACUCUCCACCAACCUCACCUCGAAACGCACGUCGCACAAGAUCGCCGAGCAGGGCCGCCGGAAUAGGAUCAACUCGGCCCUGCUGGAGAUCGCCACCCUGCUGCCCCGGCCGCCCAAGGACAGCGAGGGCGAGGGCAGCGACUCGAAGAAGGACAAGGAUAAGGGCGGCGGCACGGCCCCCAACAGCAAGGCGAGCACCGUCGAGAUGGCUAUCGAGUAUAUCAAGCAGCUGCAGCAGGAGGUUGUGGAGGCGAAUCGGCGGGCUGAGGAGGCGGAGAAGAGGCUGGAGCGGAAGGGGGGUGGGGAGGCUGCUGGUGCGUAG